AUGAGCGACGAGAUUACACUGAUUUCGGAGGAGGAUGACGUGGAUAUUUCCAGCAAAAUACAGAAAAAUUAUAUCAAAAGGAAUGCAAAGCCAGCUUGGUACCUCGGCACCGGCUUCCUGCUCUUCUGGGCGCUGCUAUUUUUCGCAGUGGUCUUGCCAUUCUUCUAUCGCAUGCCCACGUCGCUGACCAUCGAAGAUGAUCACAAAGGCGAAUUCAUUGGAGAUCGCGCAUACAACACUCUGAACAAUCUGGUUAACAUAGGACCCAGGACGGUGGGCAGCAACGCCAAUGAGGUGGAGGCUGUGCUUUUCCUGAUAAAUGAACUGGCAGCGAUCAGAAAAGUUUUACUGCAAGACUACUUCACCAUGGAAGUGGACAUUCAGCGUGCCUCGGGCGCACUUAGGUAUACCCAUAUGCUCAACAUGUACCAGGGCGUAAGGAAUAUUAUCGUUAAGCUGACCCCGAAGAGUUCGACAAGUGAGUCGUACCUCCUGGUGAACAGUCACUACGACACAGUCGCAACUUCUCCGGGAGCGGGUGACGAUGGCUUCAUGGUGGCCACCAUGUUGGAGGUGUUGCGCGUGAUGGCCACAACUCCACAAUCCUUCGAGCAUCCCGUCGUCUUCCUCUUCAAUGGCGCUGAAGAAACCGCAUUCCAGGCCUCCCAUGGCUUCAUUACCCAGCACAAGUGGGCACCGAACUGCAAAGCUGUAGUCAAUUUGGACGCAGCCGGCAGUGGAGGGCGCGAUAUUCUUUUUCAAAGUGGUCCCUCCAAUCCCUGGCUCGUCGACUACUACAAGAAACACGCCAAGCAUCCGUUUGCCACAUCUUUGGGCGAGGAGAUAUUUCAAUCGGGUGUGAUACCAUCGGACACAGACUUCACCGCAUUUGUAGAGCACGGAAAAAUUCCAGGCUUGGAUAUAGCCCAGAUCAUUAAUGGCUACAUAUACCAUACUAAGUAUGACCGCAUCGAUGUAAUUCCCCGAAGCUCUAUCCAAAGCACGGGCGACAAUGUAUUGAGCCUAGUGCGAGGUUUGGCGAAUGCAACUGAACUACAUAAUCCACAGGCCUACGAACAAGGACACGCAGUCUUCUUUGACUUCCUGGGACUCUUUCUCAUCAGCUACUCGGAGGAUACUGGCAUAAUAUUAAACAAUUGCGUUGCUGUAGUGGGCCUAGUUCUGGUUUUUGUCUCCCUUUGGCGAAUGUCGUCUAUUUCUUCGCUAACCCUCACUCAAGUGCUGCAGCGAGUGCUAAUCCAACUGAUUCUUCAGAUUAUAGCCUUGGCACUAGGCCUAGCUCUGCCUCUUCUGAUCGCUUAUGUGUUCGACAGUUUCGGGUUGUCUCUGACAUACUUCAGCUCUCUAUCCCUUCUAAUCGGUCUUUAUGUGUGUCCAGCGCUCAUCGGACUGAGUCUUCCAAUCACAAUUUACUAUCAAUGGAAAAAGGAUGACAAGCUAUCAUUCCCUUACGGCCUACAACUGGCUUUGCACAUUUGGGCCAUUCUGCUGUCUAUGCUCGCUAUAGGACUCACUGCCUAUGGGCUACGCUCCGCCUACAUCUUCACAAUCCUGAACGGCUUCUAUGCCGUAUCCUUGGCGCUUAACCUCUUGACCACACUCCACGAUCGGGACUAUAACUGGACGGGUCUGGUAAUGGCUUGCCAGGUAAUACCUUUCUUGUACUGCACCUACCGCACCUAUCUCCUGCUGGUGGUGGUGAUACCGAUGAGCGGACGUUUGGGCAGCGCCAUAAAUCCAGAUCUUGCCAUCGCUGGCGUGACUGCUUUGGGUACUACUUUCGCUUGGGGAUUCUUGAUUCCGCUGAUUAACAUAUUCAGGCGUCCCUAUUUGAUAGUCCUCAGCAUCCUUACAGUGACUGUGAUCACGGUGAUCCUCGCAAGCAGCACUGACAUCGGAUUUCCCUAUCGCCCUAGAGCAAGCAGUGAACGAGUAUCAUUUCAGCAUGUGCGCAGAGUGUUCUACGAGUACGACGGCUCCAUCGCUAAAGAUGAGUCGGGCUAUCUGAUUAGUUUCCAGGACCGUCGGGAAGCUGAGCCAAUGAAAAUGCGAUCAAUAGCAAAUGCGAGAAGCAUAAGACCCGACUGCGAAAAGCACAUGAUGUGUGGUGUACCCCUAUACGAUGAGCGCUGGGUCGACAAUCGUUUAGGAAGUGUAUGGCUGCCACGAGAACAGCCGGUUCAACUUCCAGCCAAGGCAAACCUGACCCUUUUAAGUAAACAAAUUCUGGAGAGCAAUACAACGGCUCGAUUCGAGUUCAAGUUAGAAGGCCCCGAUCACAUGAGUCUGUUCAUUCAGACCUACGAGGAUGAUUUCGCAACGCUCAGCAACUGGUCCUUCGAUCGCACUUACCUGGAGAACCCGCCCGCUUAUCCGCUGUCCUAUCACAUCUAUUUCACCUACGGCACAGAUCGGUCGCCACUGAACUUCAGUCUUGAUAUUUCGAAACCCAAUGGUGACUUUGAGGUGCCGCUCUUCCAGUUGGGCAUAUCGGGCCAUUAUGUGGAGACUAAACGAGAUGCACUCACCGAGCAGUUCGCAGCUUCAUUUCCUUCGUACGCAGCACUUGUCGAUUGGCCCUCUUCGUAUGACAGAUACAUAUUUUAG